CCAUUUGUCUUGAAUACAAUACCAACAUUAAUCACAUUGUCUAUGACACCGUAAGGAAUGUAUUUAGCUUUUUUAUGAAAGUGUUGUCGAAUAAUUUUCGUCUUAUCCUGUUCCACCUAUCGGGAUCGCAUUGCAAAAUAAGGAUCGUACUAGUAUAAAUUGCAUUACAAAUUUCCUUAGCAUGACAAAUUGUCCUUAGCUUGACAAAUUGAAUUUGUCAUGCUGUUUUAGCGUAGGAAGGCGAUUUGUAAUGCAUGACUGCAAUUACUACGAGUACGAUACUUUUGCACAGGAUACCCAGGAUCGCAUUGCAAUCCGCGAAGGCCGCGUGGCUUUGCAGCCAAGCUUCCCAUAUGGGGUUCUCAAUCGUUACAUUCUCAACUGUUACAUGAAUCUGUAAUGCAAGAAUGGCAAAAGUGAAACGAGGGACCUUGCGCGUCUUGCAUGACAGAUUUGGCGCAGAGUAUCAGCCUGCUUAGGCCUUGGAGAAUUUGUCAUGCUAAGCAGCUUGAUCGCAUCGAUUCUGAUUGUGAAUUUGCAUGACAAAUCAUGCAACAGCUGAGAGUGUAACAGUUGAGAACGCCAUAUCCCACUCCUGCGGGGUGUAGUUCGAUGA